CCUCCAUCUCAUUCUCAUCGACAAUCCUGGAGGAGACAUCAUGGAGGUUAGUCAUAAACGGUACGCAGUCAAACUGAAAUCCAACUUGAACGAGGCUGUCGAAGCGAUCAGCUUUACCGGAAAAUUUGCCGGUUGGGAGCCGAUUUACACACCCCUACCAGCUUGGAUCUGUGUCGAUGGAGUUGGAGACAUCAACCUGCCUCUGAGCGAAGAACAGAUCCAACUGCUUAUCAGCAAAGCCCAUCAAGCUCCUGAUUCUGGCUCCGAAACCGAAACGCCGGAGGAUAACCUGUCUGUCGGUAAUUACAUAUGGGAACUCAAGCCAAGUCAGUUGGAGUUCCUCGAGCCAGCUUGGCAAGGUUUUUUAGUCGGCUUGAGUAGUCUUGCAGCAGACAAGCUAGGCCUCAAUGAGCCAAUCCGACUAGAUUUCCACGGGAUGAUGAUCUAUGGAAAGGGUGCGGUGGUGAAACCAAAGACCGACGCCACUGCUGAAAGGACCCGAGGGAUGUUUGGAACUCUGAUGAUUUGUUUGCCAUCGGCUCACGAGGGCGGUGAAGUGCGUGUGGAAUACAACGGCGAACCGAUGGUUUUGGGAGGCUCAGAUUCAAACCGGCCAUCAUUUGCUUGUUGGUACUCGGACGUUACUCAUGAGGUUCUACCGGUCCAAUCAGGCUAUCGAUGCGUCUUAACUUACAAUCUGGCCACCAGGCCUGAUUCAACCCGGCCAACUGCAAGUGCACUCGACUUGAAAAAGGUUCCACUCCGAAAUGCUCUCGAAGAAUGGAUCAAUGAGUUGGGUAUCCGGAACACGACCACUGUGCCGAGCCAUGUGUACGACCCACUUGGUUAUGAAUACGGUAAACCUCCUACGUCUAUCAAAGAACUCAACCUUACAGACUCGGCGCGGAUUCAUCUAUUCAAAGGUCUUUCCCGCGAACUCCCCUUUGAAAUCUUCUUGGCGGUCUUAGAGAAAAACGAUUACGGACCCAUCACUCGGGAAUAUGAAAGGAAACAAUUGGACUCCGAUUACUCCGGGUCUGGCACUGACUCUAUGGCUAGCUUUCACGAGCUCAACGAAGUGGAAGAGACUACGUAUACCGUCAGGUCGCUCCAUACAUUAUAUGGGGAAACCAUUGCCAGUGACUUUCAGCUUGACUUGAGCCUUUGCCUGGACCCCGAUCCCUUUGAGGAUGUGGAUGACCCCAGCGAAGAUUGCUACGAUGAGUCUGCCUCUCACAAGUUUCGCCGUCCAGCCCUUGUUGUUGUCCCGCACAAAAGGCUUGGAGACUAUCUGGCUCGAUGCGCAUUUGAGUCCAAGCCAUCAAAAUAUUCAUUCCGAUCCAGACACAACGAAGAUGAAUUUGAUUCCUCACGCAACAGUGAGUGUAACUCGGCUCUACGCUACCUUGGAAAUAUCUGUCCGGCCCCUUCACUUCAGACUUCCAUGCUUGAUGCAAUGUGCACACUCUACAUAUCGAAGCCAAGAGAAUACAAAAGACUGGAGAUGGCUCAUAUCCUCCAGACUGCUCUUCAAUACUCUCACUACACGCUGUUCCAAACGGUCGCAGUCGAUCAUCGAGGCCGUUUGACGAUGAGCUUUUUUGAUUGGACAAAGAAAUGGCUUAUCUCGCUUUCAGAUGCAGAUCGUACUGAAAAGUACGAGACAUGGAUACCAUUACUCAUCGAGGGCUAUCCAUCAAUGGCUGAUAGGAUCAAGGUCAUAGUCAAGAUGUCAAAUCCAAAUAGUGAUGCGGCUCAAAAGGAGAUAGCACUCCCAAGUUCGGGUACCUCAUGGAGGAUAACAUUAUCCUUCAAAGGCUACCGAUCUAUGACUGAUGGAGUCAGGAGCAUCCUGAACUUACCAAAUCCCAGUAGUGAUACGGCUGUACCAGACGUAAUGCCCCCAAAGUCUAGCAUCUGGGUGCAGGACAUGAUCCGUCGAUGUAUUUCGAAUUUCCCCGAGACCAGCAAGAGACCCACAGUAUCAGAUGGGGAGUUGAUUGCGUCUGCCCUCUUGUGCCUGGAUGCAGAAUGGGAAGAAAAAUCUACACUGAUCAUAUCGAUCGUUGACCGGUUUCCGCAAGUUGAGGCUACGGCGUUCUUACUUGCUUUUCUUUCACAGCUCAAGAUCGAAGCAGCAGUGGCAGAACCUCCGAUUGCCGCCAUCACAGAACUUUAUAGAAGUCUGAGCAUGCGUGUUUUCAACCACGAGAAGAAACUAUGCAAGAUCAUUACCCCAGCCAAGAUCAAGUGGACAACUUCAUACGGGCAGGUGGUCGCUGCACCGCCUUGGGAUCGAUUUGAAUACAGGGACAGCAAUAAGUCAACAUCGGAAGCCGGACUGGUAGUCACUCCAGCUGCUCUGGUUGGUUUUGCCUCCGAUCUCAGUGAAAUGAGCACUGAUGAAGAAAAUCUAUUGGAAGAUUUUAUUGGGAACAUCAAUGCACAAUCUGCUACCUUCUCUUCUGAAGACAUGCGCGACAUCUGGAUGCCGUUCCUCUACGACCUCAUUUCGACUCUAGGCUAUCAAUCAGUCUCUCUCGACCAACCGGUUUAUCAACAGCUCACUGUUCAAUUUAUCAAGCGCUUUUAUGAUAAAAACGUUGGGCCGCAGCCUGAACCAAUCGACGUCCCGUGCCCUGAAGUGGAUUGUACAUGUGAAGACUGCACGCAACUCAAUGAAUUCCUUCGAGAUUUCAACCAAAGUGUCCGUCGACUUCCGUCGCUAUCCAAACCUAGACGUCAACACAUGGACAAGCAGCUCGCUCUUGCACGGGUUUCAUACACUAAAGCUCUCGAUUCUGGUGCCUUCGUCGUCACCAAAAAUCAUACCCUGGAGCAUGAGAUCAGCGCAUGGAAAGAACGUCAAAAAGAUUUCUAUCGGCAGGUUAUUAAAGGAAUCACAGAAAAAUAUCUGCAGAGCUUGCUCGGCGAGGAAGAAGCUACUCGCAUCCGAUCACUAGCAAAACUUGAAGAGCUAGCUCUUCCGCCUCAUUCUCAUGUAGUUCCUCCUCGUCCUCAAGCAUUUCCAUCUCGUCCUCCAGUAUUUCCACCUCAGUCUCAAGGAUUUCCGUCUCCUUCUCAACUAUUUCUACCUCAAUAUCCAGUAUUUCCACCCCAACCUCAACUAUUUACACCUCAUCCUCAACCAUUUCCACCUCGCACCGGAGCAUUUCCGUCUGAUCAUAUAGCUGAUCCGUCUGGUGACGCACUGCGGCUGUUUCCUUGCAUGGCUGAUCAGUCUACCCAACAAGAAUCUUCGUCCCAUUCUCCAGCUGAUCAGUCUCAUAAUUAUCAUCCAGCUCUUCCGCCUCUUUUCUCAGAUUCAGAAGAUGAAUGAACAAUGUCCUCAUUCACUCAUAAAUAUCUCAUACGGCUGUACUAUUUUUUUUUUUUUUGCUUUGCUUGUCGUUCUUCUGGUUGUACAUUUCAAUUCGUUUCAAAGUUACCCCCACAGUCUUAUGUGUCGUUUUACCCUUCUCAUGUCCUGCGCUUUGUGGAAUUUGAGGAUGAGCCAAUUGGCACUUGUCAGGACCCUGGUGAUCCCUUAAUUGGUAACCACAUUUAUUGAUGUUGAUCUGGGCAAAAAUAUGCUUUUGGUAUAUAACAUGGUAGAAUUGUUUU